AGUUGAAAGUGGCCCGCUGUAGGAGGAGUCUAGCCUAUGCCCGCUAAGCAGAGAGGAAAUAAAACUGAAUCCUAGUGUAUUUUAACACUGUUUUAAGGGUGAGGCAUGCUCUCAUCCAUUCAAAAAGAUGGAAAGCUCAGAGUCUAACUUUGAAGAAGAUGAAUCUGACUCCUCACAUAGAAGUCAGGCCAACCGACUCCUUCGGGAAGAGGCUUACUAGCGAUUCGUGAACAACCUAACUGAAGAGGACUACAAGAUUAUGAGGGAUAAUGAUUUACUUGGCGACAGAGGCGAAACUACAGAAGAAGAGUUGGAGGAAAGACUACGACAAGUUAAAGAUAACUCACUGCUCGGACCAGGUGCGCAAGACUUUUCAAAUUACUAUUGUGAAACAGUGGGGAUUACGUGUUUUGACGAAGCUGAAUAUAUGAUAGAAAGUGAACAGAGAGACAGUCCAUCCUGGACAUUAGGAAAUCUGAGUGAUCCAAGCAGUAGUGACUCAAGAAGACCAAAUUUAGAGCCUAAAGAUUCAUUGUUUUCAAGACUAUUCCGAGAACGUGUGGAAAAUCCACAGUCUAUGUCAACACUUUCAACUUCAUCUACAUCACAUGAAAGUACAACUGAAGCACUAAUGGAAGACCCAUCUACCAGAACUUGAAGAUCAAGAAGAAGGAGACGAAGAAAUCGGAGAUCUAGGGCCAGGGAUUUAGCUCAGUGUUUUCGCCGCUUGCUCUGCAAGCGCAAGGACCCGAGUUUGAUCCCUGGUACCAAAAAAAAAAAAAAAAAAGAAAAAGAAAGAAAGAAAUCGGAGA